AGAUCAAACAAUACUGAGAGCUCACAAGAGAGAUGGAAUACAGGAUUAAUGAUAAUGUUACGGAAAUGAGGGAUAACUGGAGUACUAUGAGGACAUGAUCUCAGAUUUCUGAUGGAAAUAAAUACUCAUAUAGACUGACAUGAUGAUUUGAGUGAAGGCUUAAACAAAAAAUGGAUCUGUUUCAGUUUUGAUUGCAACUCUACCUAUAACUAGAACGUGUGAAACCUGAAUGUCAAGAGUGUGCUUAAAUGUGUGCAUGCAUCUCUGGUAUGUAAUUCAGUCUUUGUCAGUGUUGCCAGUGUAUAUGUAAGUGUUUGCAUGUGUGUAGGUAAUGUAACAUAGUCUUUCUACAUUUGAGUGUCAAUGGCGGAGAACCCUGUCUCAGAUACUCAAUCCUUGCUGGAGUCUAUGCUUCAAAAAUUACGGCUAAACACUCAAACUAAUAAUAGCUCACACACUGAUAUGCAAACAUGUAGUUUGCCUGUUAUGCAUUAUGCUGAAACAAUGGAGGAUUCGUCCAAAGCAACAGAUUAUCAGUUUGAAUUUUCCUCCAGCAACAAAGAGCAAGACAGACGCUUUUCUCUGAAAGGGGAGACCAAGGGUGUCUUCAACUCAAGUGAGCUACCUUUAUACAAAACAGAACCCUACCGAAAUCCCCCUGACCUUUUAGCCCCAACUUUAGCAACAUCUACUUCAGUGUUGGAUAAACCAGUGGUCAAGGGUCAAAGUGGCACAUGGAGUUGGGAUACUGAGAAGGAGAAAUGUGAAGGCUCCAGAGUUCAUGAGGAAUCAGGAAAAAAGACAAGUAAGAAAAAGUGGAGGAAUGCUAAAAGAUGGGCCCAGAGGGUGAAGGAGAGAUGGAGAGAGAGACAUGGAAGAACAGAGACCAGACAAAGAGAUGAUGGAGAAAGACAAGUACAGAGUGAAGUAGAACAAAGUAAUCUCUCUCCAAUAUCGAUGCCUAUUGAUGUGAACAACACAACUGCAGCAGUCUCUGAGAAUCCAAAUAUCCAUAACAAACCAAUAAACACAGAACUGGAUGAAUCCACUCUCUGUUCACUCAACGACAUGAGUGAAAAUCUGUUAUCUUUUGGCACUUCUAAUUUGAUGGAAGAGAUCUUCAAUGGAACGAAAUGGGCUCAGUUUCUCACAGUUAACUGCACCACAAAGGAUGAGGAUCAAUCACAGGAGUCACCAAGUAUUAACCAAUCAUGUAAAGAAGAAUUGAAUGGCAAAUGGAUUCAUACAAAGAAAAUAGAUUCCCAUUUAAGUAUGACUCAAGCAGAAAAGUCAUUACCUGAGAGCUUUACACAAGACAUGGCCUUCAAUAUGCAUGUUAACAAUGAAACUGAGAUGUCCAAGAUCAGUGUUCUUUCGUCAAAUUUUAACGAUCUGAAUGCAAAUCAAUCACAAACUUCUGAUUUAUUUACAAACCAGUUACAAACCACCAAUCUGAGCUUCAAUGAGUCUCAAAAAAGUAAGCAAAUAAGUGAACAAUCACAGUUUUCUCAUGAACUCUCAUACGAAUCAACGGCAAAUGAGCAUCGCGUUCCGCAGUUGAUAUAUAUUCAACAAAGUCAUUCCCAUCCACAAGUAUCUGACACCACCCAUAACCAGCCUCAAGGUGGGAAAGAAGUUUUCAUCCCUAGUUUGGACUCAUAUAUUAAGCCAAUGGACCGUUCCUCCAUAAAAUCAAAUGGAUCUCUGAGUCGUAAAAGAGAGCACUGGGCUAAAAGGAGAAAUCCAUUUGAAGAAGCAAGCCAAGACAUGGAGGAUGAGUAUCACUGCCGCUCCACCUCCAGCAUCUCACCCACGACUUCUCUUACCUCUCUCCAGAACUCUGUCUCUGAAGAUUCAGAUUCUUACAAAACUACGGAGACAGUGGUUAAAAAGAGGAGAAUGGAUGAAUCUUGUCAUGUUCGAUUCGCUGAGGAGGUGGUCAUCUUACCACCCAGCUUCAUAUCUGAGGAUGAAGAUGAUUGUUUAGAAGAUGAUUGUCCAGAGGAUCCUUCUGCCCGCCCCUCUUUUCCUAAGUGGAUUGGGUCUUUAAAAGUCAAACAGACAAGAAAAUAUACAUUUUAACUCCUUUCUGUGUG